AUGUCUGCAGCAAGUGUGACGACUGCUGGCACUCAGCCUGCGCUCUCCGCCGCCCCGCUCAAGAAUCCACAUGCUCCUCAAGCCAGCACUCAAUCGACUCCCCACAUCUCGGCUCGGAGCCAGGCCGAUAGUACCCAGGGUGCCGCCAGCGUGGCAGGCAGAGUUGCGCCUGCAAUGCCGCUGGGCGCCCGGGCUGCGCCCGACGCACCCAGUGGUUCAGGUCGACCUGCUGUGGGCGCUACGGCCGAGACCGGAGCAGCAAAGGAGCGGACUUCGCUCAUGACCGUCCUCUUUGGUGUUAACAAGCAUUUGCACGCGGCUGGAGCAUUGAUGUCCGGGUUGGAUCGAGAGUGGUCUGGACUUGCAUGCCAAUGUACUACGGAGGAGAUCGAACAGCGACAUUCCCUUCAGCUAGUGGCGGCAGCGCGAAAAGCGAGGGAAGAGCUGCUGGAUGAGCUGAAGCCCGAGCUUACACUUGCUCGCGCCAUCCAGCAGUGCAAAUCGGCGUGCGACGAGCAGUGGAAGGAUAACUGGCGAAGUCGAGAAUUGAAAUUGCGGUCAGAAUUUUCGACCGAGCGAGUUGAGCACACAAAGCAAGAAGCUGAGCUUAGACACCAGUGCGAUCUCAAAAUUCGACGCGAACGGCACGCAAUGAAAAAGGAAUGGUCGAGGUGGGAGAAGAUUUUGAGAAGGAGAAGGCUGAAUGGCACGAGGACCGAGAGGAGGAAGUCGCGCGUGCUGCCCGCUACCGGAGCAGAUGCAAACACCUGA